UUUCAUCACAUUGUUUCUGAAUUUAGCGCGAGUGCAUUCAUUUAAAAAAAAAAACACGCAAAAAAGUACGUCUUCAAGUAAUUGAAUAUUUCGCAGAACUAAGAUCAGCGUAGCCAUGGAAGAUGAAAACGAUGCCAAUUUGAAUGCAGUUUUUCAGAAAUGCAACAACAAUAUCAAAUUGUUCUUGUCAACGGUUGCUAAGUAUACAGCAACAAAGAUUGAUUUUUCGACAAAAGACAUACUAAAUGUACCGGAUUUGUUCGAAACUGCUUUUGAAGCGGCACAAAAGGACAUUGCUAACAAACAACCACAACAUGAAGUGACUGGACACGAAACAUUGAUCGUUACAGAUAACGGUACAACCGAUGCAUCCAAAGGAUUGCAAAUAGACAAUGACGAUUCACGUGAUAUGUUCGAAUCCGAAAACAUUCACAACAAUAACACCAACGACAAUGACGACGAUGAUAUUGUUCCAGAGACACAAUUUUUUCCAGAAGAUACGACUGGUUCAGGCGAGAGUGUUGACAUCCCAUUCUACACCAACGAUAUGUCUGAUGAUGAAAGCGAUAAUAAAAUUGCACACAUUCAUGCCGAUUCAGCGGCAGAAGACUUUACCGAAACUCAGUCACAAAUGAUUAUGGUAAACCUGGAUCAAAGUUUAUUGCGCAUUGAAAAUUAUUCGAAGGCUCCUUCGACUACUCGUGUUACAGUAGCAGAAAACGACGCCAAUUCCACAAAUGUUGAAAUUCAAGCUGACGACGAUGAUGAAACAAAUAAUCGUCGAGUUGAUCGCAGUGAAUCUUCAACGCCCGAUCUUGAUUUUUUGACACAAUCCAAUGAAGUUCAUCAAUUAAAAUUGGCGGCAGAAGAGCCACAAGAAAAUGAUUGUGAUGAAACUCAGAUGUUUUCGCAAAGCAUUUUUGAUGAAAGCACAAAUCAAGUAAUUCAAGCCCUUUCACCGAAUCAAACCUCAUCAACUGAAGACAUUUUUGCGGUUGCAACACAACCACCCCCAGCUAUUUUCAAACAACCGAUGGCCAUAAGUACACCAAAAGUUGCAACCAAACAAAAGGACGUUGGCAUCUACGACGAACCGACACAAAGAUUGGAACCAGAAAGUCGAAUGUCAGCAAAAAAGACCGUCACAUGGGAACGAAAGUCAAACCAAAACAAUAAUUCAGAUGAAAUAUUCGAUAUGGAGACACAGGUAUUCGUACAGCCAAAUGUUACGAGUGAUGCAUCCGCCAUAAAUGAAAAUCCAGAUGAAGAUGGUAUUUUUGAAGCGGAAACACAGAUAAUCGAGCCUCCAACUGAUGAAAUCGACAUUUAUGAUAUGCCCACACAAAGGUUACAAUUAUCACGUAUGCCAGCAAAGAAACGUUUUCAAGCCAUUGCAACAGAAAGUAGUCAACCGGCGAAUACACCAGAUUGGUCAUUGGCAGCACGAAUUACAAAAGAUGACAUCGACAGGCACGAAAAACAGCUUGAAGAACAACGGAAAAAACUUGACGCCGAACAGAAGAAAAAAGAUAAAGUCAAGAAAAAUCGACGUUUAUUUUCAUCAAGUUCAGAGGAAGAUGAGAAUGAAGAUGAUUUAGAAUUUGAUCUUCCGAAACCGGUACAAGAACCACCAAGACGCCGUAAAUCCGCUAAUUUUAUAAAACGUUCCAAUUCGGAUAGCGAUGAUGAUUACAAUGAAGUUGCAGUGUCAAAAAAAUCCAAACUGGAUGGCAUCGAAACAAAUCCAAAAAAUAUUAAAUUGCGACGUGUAUCGGUCAAUCUUUCACGAGACGAAUUUUCGAAAUUGAUGGAAAAUGAGGUGUCGAACAAAAGCAAGAAUCAUGCGAAGGAUAAAUUACAAAAAGCGUCGAGCGAAAAUAAGAAAAACGCAAAGGCAACUACAAUUGAAGACACCAAAGAACGUAAUUUACGUCAACGAACAGUGGAAACUCGAAACGGCUCAACUAACAACAAACGAAAACCAGAACCGGUCACCGUAAAACCAAAGGAAAAACGCGACAAAAUGGAACCGGCCACUUCAUCAUCGACAAAAUCAAUUGACAACGCUGAAAUCGACAAGCCAAAAACACGAAGAACAAGAAAAACAAGCCAUACAAAGGAGGAACCAACACAAACACGCACAACCACUACAAACGAUUCUCUUAACUUACUGCCCACAAAUCGUCGAAACUCUGAACGUGUAUCAACGCGUAAUUCAACAAGACAAGCUAUCCUUUUUACUCUAGUUAAUCCAGCUCCAUAUACAACUGUGAUCCCAAAAUUGGGUGGCUGUAUCGUAGAUACGGUGCAAUUGGGAACGGUUUUGAUCUGUGAUCGCGUUGGUCGUACAUUUAAAUUUCUUUAUGCUAUGUCCAAAGGCAUUCCGAUAGUAUCAUCGCGUUGGUUAGACGUAUCCGCAAAAAAUGGCGAAUUCGAGCCCACCAAUUCGUAUCUAUUAGUUGAUAAGAAUUCAGAAAAACGAUAUCAAUUCAAUUUGAAAAAAUCACUGGAAAUUGCACGUCACACACCACUCUUCAAAAAUUACCAUAUUUUUGCAACGCACAAUGUUCAACCAACUAAAGAAGAAAUAGCGGAAAUUGUUGAAUGUUGCGGCGGCAAGUUUGCGGACAAUCCUGAUAAAAAGCGAAAACCAAAUACAGUAGCUGUACUAAUAUCAAAUAAAAAAGACAGCAAAAUGUGGAACGCAUACCGAAAAGCUCAUCCAGAUGUUCAGAUUGUCAGUUCGGAGGGUUUCAUGCAGAGCAUUUUGAAGCAGAAAAUUACCUUUCCAGAUUAUCUCUUAUUUCUCAUUGACAUUUCAAGCAUUAAGAGAGAGAGAAAGAGAGAGAUACUCAACGAAAACAUUACACUCAUAUUUUGUUUGUUGGUCAAUUUUCUUGUGGUUGUAAAUAGAUCGUGUCUUCAUUUAAUUGCAUUAGUUAUUAUUCACAUUACUUACACUCUUUUAAAUGAAAUGACUUCAAUUUUACAGUCGUCUAAAAUGCAACACGACGUGGUCAACGCUCUGGCCGAUACGGUAGAAAAUUUAAAAAUUUCAGCAUUGGUAAAUGCAGCAAAAAUAUCACCACUAGUACAAGAAAGGACAAUUGGUCCAAGGGAUACGAAUGGUGUAAAUCAGACGGCAAACUAUCUCAAAGAAGAAAAUGAGCGCAUUGACAACAGGUGUGAUCAAUCGUCAAUGACGAAUAAUAACAAUAAUAAAUCAACGAAAUAUGGAACACUAAAUGGAAGCAAAUUCCGUAAGGAUGUUUGGCGUGAGGUAAACAUUGAUGAAACGCCAAAAAAUAUAAUUCAAUUGAGCGACUGUAAAGCAAUCAGUUUUCGUUUGGCUGCAAGUAAUGCAGAGAGACAACGUCGCGCCAAAAUUUCCACAGAUUUACAAGAGAAACAAUGCCAAUGGGACUCCGAGCUAGAGUUACGUUUACAGCAAAUUCGUAUCGAUUCGGCUGAAAAACAAAAGCAAAAUUCAGCAAAGCGAUUGGAACGUGAAAAACUGGCAUUGAAAGCGAUUGAACAAAUCGAAGCCGAAGCCAAAAACGAUGAAAUAAAAUCGAAUAUGAAAAAAACUGAAAUGAUUGAACACAGUCGAAAGUUAAUUGAACGUGCAAAUCAACUGAAACGACAGGAUGAAAUUCGUUUGUUGUUUGAAAGUGUCAAUGCAAAUAAGCUGUUGUUCAUCAAUUUAUUCGAAUUGUUUGCAAAAACGAUCAUCAAUCACCAGACACUAUUGAAUCAAAUUGGUAAAUUGGCCGAUGCAACGAAUAAACAAGAUACAUUGUUGAAACGUUAUGAAAAUAUCAUUAAAUUAGUCAAUUCAAAACCAAUAACCAUUACGGAAACUGAACAAUUUGAGAAUUUGUGUUCGGAUAUCAAACAAGAACAAAACGAUUUAAAUGAUAUCAUUCAAAGCAGUAAAGAUUUAUUGAAUCAAAUUGCUACAUGUGAUGCAGCCACAAAACCAACAAAUAGUGUACCAGUCAAAAAUGAAUUGCCAAAAUAUCCAACCGACACGAACCGAACAACCAAUGCGAACGAAAUUUCUGUCACCGAUGGCAACGCAAGCCAACCACAAAUUCCGGUCAUUCGAUCAAACAACAAUGCCGGCUCUGAAGAUCGCAUCGCUCAAUAUUUUGAAUUGAUAAACUAUCAUCGAGAUUAUUACGCUGAAAUUCAACCACUUUUUACAAGCAACGAUGAUAAUUUGAAAAAAUUUCGAUUCAAUUGCCAGAAAAGUGUGAAUACUCCAGUCAAUUCGAUUUCUGCCGUUAGCGUCGAACAUCUUCAGGAUAAGUUUAAAAAGAUCUCGGAUUUAUUGUCGGGCAAUCCAACGCUUCUACCUGGUGAUAUUCAAUUUUCGGCCGCAGAACAUCCACUCGGAAUUAAAUACUGUACAUUUUUGUUAGCGAAGAAAUUCAUUACACAAGGAACAACUGUAACCAGCAGUCAUCAUCAAGCAGCCUUCCCAAUCGCAGCAGUCCUUGUAUCGAUUUGGCAACUGUUUCCUGAUGUCGGAAAACUUUUCCUAGCCCUGCUCUAUAUAGAAUGUCCGUUUUUGGUUCCAUAUAUUAUACCUCAAAAGAAUGGACAAACAGACACCGAAUACUUCAAAACGUUGGGAUAUAAGUUUAACGAUGAUAAAAUGGAAGAUGAAGAACAACAUUUGAAACGAAUAUCUGGUCUACAACGACUUUAUUCAGCUGUGUUAAUAACAAAAUUAAGACGGUCUCAACAACAUUUAGAGCAUCCACAUGGCAUCGAAUAUGGUUGGAUUUGGUUUUCAAAUUUUCUUAUGCUUGACCCGCUGCCAGGCAUUAGUGCGUCACUUAUGCUUGAAUUUAUUCAAAUAUGUGGUGCUGAAAUGUGUCAAGUCUACAAAAAGCAGUUUAUGAAAUUGUUGAUACUACUUUAUAAUCAAUACAUUACGAAAUUGGAAAAGAUUGACAGUGGUGGUCCAUUUGCGCGGCUCAAGGAACUCAUCACCAACAUCGUUAAUCAAAACAAAAUUACACCGCCGAGUGGAACGCUACAGCCAAACUUUUGGUAGUUUAAAAAACCCAAUUUUUUGUUGAUUGAACAUGGUUUUUGUUUUGAAAUAAACUUUUUUUUAUUAAUAAUCA